UCUUCUAGGGAUCGUUUUCUCGGCAAAUCUUGGUACAUGCUGUCUCUCUCUGUCUGUCUAUCGAAUGUCUGCUAUAUGUUUUGUUUGAUUUGAUUUGAAUUUUUUUUUUUUGGCUCAAGUGUUGUUAUUGCGUGAGCUAAGAAAAUGAAGUCAGGAAGGAAGAAUAAGAACGAAUCUUAAACUUUUACUUUCGACUUCUUAGCUUCUUUUUUCGAUCUGAGCAGCUUUGAUGUGAUUCACAUUUACCCUUUUGGUUAUACAUUCUAAAGUUUCAAUCUUUUGGUUCGAUUCAGAUCCCAAUUAUGCAAAUUGCCCUUUGAUCUGAUUCACAUUUUUUUGUAACAUCUGUUCCUGAGUUGGUGUUUGAAUAUCGUAGUUGCUAGAAUGUGAAUUCUCGACUUUUUGUUGUUGUUGGUGAAUCUGUCUUUAUGUCCUUUACAUUCUGUUUGUGUUUGGAUUCAGAAGAGAUGGAGGUGAAAGCGAGAGCUCCGGGAAAGAUCAUACUCGCAGGGGAACAUGCGGUUGUUCAUGGUUCCACGGCAGUAGCAGCGGCCAUUGAUCUCUACACUUACGUCACUCUACGCCUUCCUCUUCAAUCAGCUGCUGAGAACAAUGAUAGGCUUACACUUCAGCUCAAGGACCUUUCCUUGGAGUUUUCCUGGUCCGUAUCCAGACUCAAAGAAGUGAUUCCUUGUGAUUCAAGCACUUCUUCACCAGCUUCAUGUUCAGGCGAGACCCUUAAAUCAAUUGCUGUUUUGGUUGAAGAGCAAAAUAUUCCAGAGGAAAAAAUCUGGCUGUCCUCUGGGAUCUCCACCUUCCUCUGGCUAUACACCAGUAUCAGAGGAUUCAGUCCGGCUACGGUCAUCAUUACAACCGAGCUUCCAUACGGAUCUGGCCUCGGUUCAUCAGCAGCUUUCUGUGUAGCUCUCACGUCUGCUCUCAUUGCAUCUUCUAUCUCAGACAAAACACACCGUGAAGGUUGGAGUUCUCUAGAUGAGACCAAUCUCGAGUUGCUGAAUAAAUGGGCUUUUGAAGGUGAAAAGAUCAUCCAUGGGAAACCGUCUGGGAUCGAUAACACCGUCAGUGCAUACGGCAACAUGAUCAAGUUCUGCUCAGGGGAGAUAACUCGGUUACAGUCAAACAUGCCUCUGAGAAUGCUAAUCACCAACACUAAAGUAGGACGGAACACUAAAGCUCUGGUCUCUGGUGUAUCAGAGAGAACUGUCAGACAUCCAGAUGCUAUGAAGUCGGUGUUCAAUGCUGUGGACUCUAUAAGCAAAGAGCUAGCUGCGAUCAUCCAAUCUAAAGACGAGAACUCGGUUACUGAGAAAGAAGAGAGUAUAAAAGAACUCAUGGAGAUUAACCAAGGCUUGCUGCAGUCAAUGGGGGUUAGCCACAGCUCUAUUGAUACCGUGAUCAGAACCACGCUCAAGCACAAGCUUACCUCAAAACUCACUGGAGCUGGAGGUGGUGGCUGUGUCCUCACUCUGUUACCUACAGGGACGGUGGUGGACAAAGUUGUGGAGGAGCUUGAGUCCAGUGGUUUUCAGUGCUUCACUGCAUCCAUUGGUGGUAACGGAGCUGAGAUUUGCUUUUGAUCAGAUGCUAUAUUGUUUAACAAAAUCAUAUUUGCUCACAUUUACUGGAAGAAGGCUGCAAUUACAUAUAUAAAGAGUCCAUUUUUUUACUACUGAUGUAUUGAAUGUAAAAAUGCUUGUUACCAUGUGAUGUCUCUUCUUUCUUUUGUUGUGGUUUAAUUGUAGACAUGAAUGCAUUAUAAUGGACAUGUUGAAAGUAAGUA